ACCUACAAACAAUGGAAAUCCUAACUUAUGUUUCAAUUUCUUUAAUGAACACGUGUACUAACGUCACAAUAUUAAAAACUUAUAAAUAAUUCAAAACAUUUUAAUCAUAAAAAUGUACUUAUAUUGAGUGGUAGAUCUACCUAUUUUUCAUUUUAAAUUCCACCCAUUUCUACCUAUUUUUGCACCCUGUUCUACCAUUUCGGCAAAAUUGUAUGUGACAACACUGCUUCGCGAGUUCGCGACUCAUUUCGGAAAAUCCGGAUCUGUAAAUAAUUUUAAGUUUAAUUUUUGUAGUUAGUUGUGGUGUGUGAACGGGAAGUGAUGGACUUAAAAUGAAAGCACUGCAAGACUUAUUCCCCAAUAAAGAGGGAUUUAUUAUUUUUGCUUUGUACAUAAUAUUAUUUGUAUUUCAAGGUGUGUUCGUGACUGCAUCUAAGAACGCAAAUGGAGGAUAUUCGUAUAAUACAACCCUGGUCGUGUUUCUGACUGAGCUGCUGAAACUUGUGGCGUCUGCCACACUCUACUCGUAUAGACGAAAUGACAAACCACACAUUUUCCGAGCGGUAGCCUUGAACUACAAGUUGCUGCUGCUGUACUUCAUCCCCUCGCUGCUGUACUGCUUCUACAACAACUUGGCCUUCGUGAACCUCUCGCACUACGAUCCGACCUCCUACUACAUACUGCUGCAGUUCCGGAUCGUGCUCACCGCUAUACUUUUCCAGUGUCUCUUCCAAAAGAAGUUGACGCUAAUGCAAUGGGUGUCUCUGGGCAUCCUGACCCUCGGCUGCAUACUCAAGAACUUCGACGCUGCCUCAGUCCAGUCCAAAACCGGAGAAACCGACGUCUGGUCGCAAGUAUUCAACAUCUACUUCUUAUCCAUCAACUUCCAGAAUUUCUGCUCAUGCUUAGCCGGAACUUACAACGAAUAUCUUCUAAAAACGCAGGGCGCGAGUGUAGACAUAUUUCUACAAAACGUGUUCAUGUAUCUAGACUCAGUAAUCUGUAAUUUCUUCAUACUUAUGCUCAAAGGCGAACUAGGAACAGUCUUUGACGAUUUUAGCUCGCUAGCAAAUAUUAUUGUGAUACUUAUUAUUGUAAAUAGUGCCGUAGUAGGUAUAGUGACUAGCUUUUUCUUAAAGAAUCUUAAUUCUAUAUUAAAAACUUACGCCAGUGCGCUAGAAUUGGUCAUAACAGCAGUAGUUUGUUAUUUAUUGUUUAAUAUUUUGAUCACUUGGGGCACAGUGACAUCUAUAUGUCUAGUCAGUGUAGCGGUGGGGAUGUAUAUGAAAAAUCCAGUGAAUAAUGCGAUCCUGAAUGAACCUAUGAAGGAUAAAGAUCAAAAGCCCUUGCUAGAAGAAGUCAGAACCGAAUAGCUACCACCUACUUCAUUUUACAAUUCUAAAAGUCGUACAAAAAUUUAAACAGUCAUGUAUAAAGCGUGGCCUCGCGUAUCUUAGUUGUUAAGAGUCACACCUAGCCGCGGCCAAACAAAGAAAUUAAGUAAGUAAGUAAAUAUUCUUUAUUGCACCACAAAGAAGACAGAUUUACAAUGUAAAGAAAGGUAGCAACAGGCGGUCUUAUCGCUGUAAGCGAUCUCUUCCAGACAACCUUAGGGUAGCAGGAUAUAAAGAACAGUAAAUUAGUUCGAGGAUAAGUUUUACAUACAAAUGUUUACUCGCUAACUCGCUAUUUUUUUUCUAUAACAAUUUUUAGCAACGAAAACUACCAGAGAGAGAUAUGCAUAUGAUACGUAAAUGUUCAUUUAAUUUAAGCAUGUCGUUUUGAAAAUGAGAGUGUAACUUCAAUUGUAUGAAAGCGGCUUUUUCGUGUGACUCUUGAAAUACAGUGACAAUAUUGUAGAUAAGGUCCACUCAUAGUCGUUGUGUCUUUGUUCGAUGUACGUCUCAUUGACCGCCGUCGUCAUAUAAAAAUAUUAGUACGGGUCGGACCUUGGUAUCGAUACACUCUGUAUACACUUGGUCAGUCACGCGAAACUAGUAUUAUUUAUUACCUACGGAUUGUCACUAGUUUUUUUUCCACCCUACAUCGUUGGUCACUAACGUAUGGAGUUGCCAUGCGUCAGGAUUUUUCCCUAACAUGUCAGGACUCUUGGUCCUUUGUCAGGAUUGUAAGGGGACUUAGCGAGCUCAGGGUUCUUUAUAAACCCCAAAUAAGCACUAGAAGCUAGCUAAAAGUUUGGAGUCGGAUAGAAGAAAGGGAAGGUCAGGCUGUAGCUACCAAUAUAUGACGCUCACAAAUUAGUGUUAGGUUUAUUUCUAAUAAGGUCAAAUCGCAACGUAAAUAUGUAAAACUCAGCCAAUAUUUUCUAUCCAACGCUCUAAAGAAUAAGGACAAUUUAUAAAAGUUUUACAUUUAUAAUUAGUAUCGGCUGCAAAGCCAGGGGCUCGGAAUGUAUGUCCCGGGCCCCUCGGAGCUAAGUGGAAAUCGAAAAUAGUUUAUUUGUGUCUGUUUUGCUAAAGGGUUGCCAUAGUCUCUAGAAGUUAGCGAAAAGUCUGGAGCUGAGCAGAGUAAAGAGAGGUUAUACUGUAGCUACAGCAUAUGUUAGUAUGUAGGGGUUAUUGCCCACAAAAGGUUUGGAAUAAGGGAUUUAAUGCACGCUUUUAUACUUUAUCGUGGUAAUGGUAACGGUAAAUCGUAGAUGAUAUGGUCCACGAUAGUAUAUAAACGAUCACAUAUAAUCUCAUUCAGUUAAAAGUAUAUUCCGUUUUAUCGUGACGAUAAAUCGUGUGAAUUCCGUGAACAUAGACGUUGGAAAAAUGACCGUCCAGGAAAUGUCAGAAUUCCGGACGGACUUUUGUCAAUAUAUUCCAUUAUUUCAUACGUCAACCCUAGUAGCGGUCAAUAGUCAUUUAAGCUCUGUAGCGAACGAAAGGCUAAUGUCCUGUGGCACUAAUAUGGAAGAGUGAUAGAGAGAGAUUACCGUUUCGUUCGCUACGGCGCAAGCGAUUGGCAACUUGCUAGGCACCCAGGUAUACUCAUAACAUCUUAACUCAUAACAUCUUUAUUGCUCACAUAUUACAUUGAAUACAGACCCUGUAAGGGCACAGCAAUUUAUUCUUAUACUAUAAGUAAUUACAUUGCACAGAGUCUAGCAUUCUAUUUUGUCGGAAAGGUAUCUUCAAAAAACUCCUUCAAAGAAUAAUAACUUUUAUCUAAUAAAUAAUUAUUUAAGGCGGUUUCAAAUGAUUUAGGUUUUGCUAUUGAUAUUAUUGCUUGUGGAAUUUUGUUAUAUAUUUUAGUGCACAUCAUGUGAGGUCCUGAAUGAUAUAAUGUUAGGUUGGAUGUGGGUAGCGCGAGGUUGUUAUUGUUUCGGAGGUUUAGCGGUUUUGUGUGUCGUUCUUUGGCUUGUAAGAAAAGAUGGCUAUGGGCUUUUACAAAUUUACAUAUUUCUAAUAUAUAUAAGCACGUUAGUGUUAAGAUGCCUAGCUCCUUGAAAUAGGUUCGACAACUGUGCAUUUGUUUUAUAUUUAUUAUUAUUCUGAUACACUUUUUUUGUACAGUGAACAGACUGUUUACAAUCGUGCUAUUUCCCCAAAGCAAUAUGCCAUAGCGGAACAAGGUGUGAGCAUAAGCAUGGUAGGCUGUUAAAGCAGUUGUUAUAUUCGUAGUCUUUUUUAAUUCAUGCAGUGCAUACGUAAAUCGGGAUAAUCUACUAAUUAAUUGUUAUAUGUGGUCCUUCCAAUUUAUAUGUGAGUCUAUAUUUAAUCCUAGCAAUGAAAACGUAUUUACAGAUUCUAACUUAUUAUUUUUAAAUGAAAUAUCUAUUGUUAAGGGUUUUUUUUUGAUAAGGCCUGAACUGCAUUAGUUUGGUUUUGUUGUAGUUUAUUUGGAGAUUAUGGUCAGUUAGCCAAGAUUCUAAUUUAGAAAGGGUACUAUUAAGGUAAAAUUUACAGUUACUAACGCUUGAGCACGGAAACACAACGGAUAUAUCAUCAGCAAACAAAACGCUUGGUGAAUCUAUAAUUUUUGGUAGAUCAUUUAUAUAAAUUAAUAACAAUAUGCACCCUAACACACUGCCUUGAGGUAUGGACCUUUUAACGUUUAUUAUACUUGAUCUGACCUUAUUUAUGUUUCCAGUUAUAUUAUCACAGUAUUCGAUUUCUACACAUUGUACUCGGUUUUUGAGGUAUGACACAAACCACUUAUGCACUAUUCCCCGUAUCCCGACACCUUGUAACUUAUUUAAAAUCUCUGUAGAAAGACGGGAAGUAAUGUAAUGCAUUUUGAUUAUUAAGUAUUCAUAGUCUUGAUUACUUAAGACAUGCAUUGUGGUUUGUUUUUCAUAAACUCCACGGAACCAAUAAUUUUAGUGAUUUAUCACAUUUAAUCAUUUUAGUGAGUUUUAACUUGCUUUCUGUAUUUUUGUGAGUAUUUUAGUACCUAAUAGAAAUGAAUUUAAAGUUUUAAAUCUGCGUUUGGAUUUUGACUACCUACAUAGAUAUAUCGUGUAUUUCUUCGUUUGAACGAUUCAAUAAAAAUAUUUGACAUUUGU